AUGCCCCGCUUCUUGAACACGAUGUCAGGCGAGUUUGAGUGGCACGACGAUCCGAAAGACAUCACCUACGCCAUUCUAUCUCACACCUGGCGUUCAACGGAACACGGUGGGGAACAAUCGUACCAAGACAUCCAAACGCUUCAAGCUACCCUCUCAGACAAGAUCCGGGGGGUCUGCAAGAUCGCGCGAAAGGCUGGUUUCCGGCUUGUCUGGAUCGAUUCCUGCUGCAUAGACAAGUACAAUGGCGCGGAGCUCCCUCCGGCCAUCACCUCGAUGUACGAAUGGUACAUGCUCUCGACCAUCUGUUACGUCUACCUCGACGACGUCCAUGACAGCUGUGACCCCGAUGCCCUUCGACGCGCUUUCUGUCUGAGCAGGUGGCACUCACGGGGCUGGACGCUGCAAGAACUCGUUGCGCCGGAACACGUCGUAUUCAUGACGAGGGCAUGGAGCGUCUUGGGCACCAAGUUGGGGCUUGCUUCGAUCCUGGCUGAGGUCACUGGCGUCAACUUCGAUAUCCUCACAGGCGCGGCCACCGUGCACUCCGUGAGCGUGGCACAGAGGAUGUCGUGGGCGGCGAGGCGAACGACGACGCAGGUCGAGGACGCGGCCUACUCGCUUAUGGGCAUCUUUGAUGUUCAUAUACCGCCGAUCUAUGGGGAGGGCACCAAUGCAUUCUUACGACUACAGGAGGAGAUCAUGAGGACCAUUCCUGAUCAAAGCAUCUUCGCUUGG